UUUUGAAAGGUUGAACACAUUUGAUCGGGGAACCAACUUGAUUUCCUAAUCAGGUUCAAUGUGAGCAGAGCCAGUUAGAAAUGUGUGUGAUUCUCCCAGUGUGCGUCUUUGAUUCAUGCGCUAAUUAUGUCGAUCCUUUGGGGAACACAGCCACGAAGCUGGGUCCUCCUUGAUUAAUGCUGGCUGAGAGCCAUGCAGCACGCAGCGGAGAGCAGUUCAGCAUCUCUAGUCCCAGCUGAGAAUAUGGUCCCAUUAUCUCCCAGCUGCCUAAGCAAUCCAUAAGGGCCUGUUCUGCGUGGAUGAUCAGUGUAGUGGAAGCAGGGACUUGCUGAGAGCUGAAAUCUCUGUUUGAUUUGCUGUAACAUGUAAAGCGAAACUGGGACAUUUUACUUUACAGUCUAUUAAAGGUUGAACAAAACUUAAAAGAAGCAGCGAUUCUUUUCACUUGUUAUUGGACUCGAAACUCCUUUGACCUCGGAAACUGAAGAUGAGGUUGCCAUGGGAACUGCUGGUACUGCAAUCAUUCAUGUUGUGCCUUGCAGAUGAUUACGCACUGCAUGGCCCUGUUUUUAUUCAGGAACCAGGUCACGUGAUGUUCCCUUUGAAUUCUGAGGAGAAAAAAGUGAAGCUCAACUGUGAAGUUAAAGGGAAUCCAAAACCACAUAUCAGGUGGAAAUUAAAUGGAACAGAUGUUGACAUUGGUGUGGAUUUCCGCUACAGUGUUGUUGAAGGCAGCUUGUUGAUCAAUAACCCCAAUAAAACCCAAGAUACUGGGACGUACCAGUGCAUAGCAACAAACUCAUUUGGAACAAUUGUUAGCAGAGAAGCAAAGCUUCAGUUUGCCUAUCUUGAAAACUUUAAAACAAGAACAAGAAGCACUGUGUCUGUCCGUCAAGGUCAGGGGAUGGUACUACUGUGUGGCCCACCAGCUCAUUCAGGAGAGCUGAGCUAUGCUUGGAUCUUCAAUGAAUACCCUUCCUAUCAGGAUAAUCGCCGCUUCGUUUCUCAGGAGACUGGGAAUCUAUAUAUUGCCAAAGUAGAAAAGUCCGAUGUUGGGAAUUAUACCUGCGUGGUUACAAAUACAGUGACAAACCACAAGGUCCUGGGGCCACCGACACCACUAAUACUGAGAAAUGAUGGGGUGAUGGGUGAAUAUGAGCCAAAAAUAGAAGUGCACUUCCCAGAAACUGUGCCGACUGCCAAAGGAACAACAGUGAAGUUGGAAUGCUUUGCCUUAGGAAAUCCGGUACCAACUAUUAUCUGGAGAAGAGCUGAUGGAAAGCCUAUAGCAAGGAAAGCCAGAAGACACAAGUCAAAUGGAAUUCUUGAAAUCCCCAAUUUUCAGCAGGAAGAUGCUGGUUUAUAUGAAUGUGUAGCUGAAAAUUCAAGAGGGAAAAAUGUAGCAAGGGGACAAUUGACUUUUUAUGCUCAACCUAAUUGGAUUCAAAAAAUAAAUGAUAUACACGUGGCCAUAGAAGAAAAUGUCUUUUGGGAAUGUAAAGCAAAUGGAAGGCCCAAACCUACAUACAGGUGGCUAAAAAAUGGUGAACCUCUAUUAACUCGGGAUAGAAUUCUAAUUGAGCAAGGAACUCUCAACAUCACCAUAGUGAAUCUCUCAGAUGCUGGCAUGUAUCAGUGUGUGGCAGAGAAUAAACACGGAGUUAUCUUUUCCAAUGCAGAGCUUAGUGUUAUAGCUGUGGGUCCGGAUUUUUCAAGAACCCUCUUAAAAAGAGUAACUCUUGUGAAAGUGGGAGGUGAAGUUGUCAUUGAGUGUAAGCCAAAAGCUUCUCCUAAACCUGUCUACACCUGGAAGAAAGGAAGGGACAUAUUAAGAGAAAAUGAAAGAAUUACCAUUUCUGAAGAUGGAAGCCUCAAAAUUGUCAAUGUGACGAAAUCAGAUGCUGGAAGUUAUACCUGUAUAGCCACUAAUCAUUUUGGAACUGCUAGCAGCACUGGAAACCUGGUAGUAAAAGAUCCAACAAGGGUGAUGGUACCCCCUUCCAGCAUGGAUGUGACUGUUGGAGAAAGUAUUGUUCUGCCUUGCCAGGUAACACAUGAUCACUCGCUAGAUAUCGUGUUUACCUGGUCAUUUAAUGGACACCUGAUAGAUUUUGACAAAGACGGGGACCACUUUGAAAGAGUCGGAGGGCAGGAUUCAGCCGGUGAUUUGAUGAUCCGAAACAUCCAGCUGAAGCAUGCUGGGAAAUAUGUCUGCAUGGUCCAAACAAGUGUAGACAAGCUCUCUGCUGCUGCCGACCUGAUUGUGAGAGGUCCCCCAGGACCCCCAGAGGCUGUGACCAUAGAUGAAAUUACAGAUACCACCGCUCAGCUGUCCUGGAGACCUGGACCUGACAACCACAGCCCCAUCACGAUGUAUGUCAUUCAAGCCAGGACUCCGUUCUCCGUGGGCUGGCAAGCAGUCAAUACAGUCCCAGAACUUAUUGAUGGGAAGACAUACACAGCGACUGUCGUGGGUUUGAACCCUUGGGUCGAGUAUGAAUUCCGCACUGUUGCCGCCAAUGUGAUUGGGAUCGGGGAGCCCAGCCGGCCCUCCGAGAAGCGGAGGACAGAAGAGGCUCUCCCCGAAGUCACCCCAGCUAACGUCAGUGGUGGUGGAGGCAGCAAAUCUGAGCUGGUUAUAACCUGGGAGACAGUCCCCGAGGAGUUACAGAAUGGCAGAGGCUUUGGCUAUGUGGUGGCCUUCCGGCCCUACGGCAAAAUGAUCUGGAUGCUGACAGUGCUGGCAUCAGCUGACGCCUCCAGAUACGUGUUCAGGAACGAGAGCGUGCGCCCCUUUUCUCCCUUUGAGGUUAAAGUGGGUGUCUUCAACAAUAAAGGAGAAGGCCCGUUCAGUCCCACCACAGUAGUAUAUUCUGCAGAAGAAGAACCCACCAAACCACCAGCCAGCAUCUUUGCCAGAAGUCUGUCUGCUACAGACAUUGAAGUUUUCUGGGCCUCCCCCAUGGAGAAGAAUAGAGGACGGAUACAAGGCUAUGAGGUUAAAUACUGGAGACAUGAUGACAAGGAAGAAAAUGCUAGAAAAAUACGAACAAUUGGAAAUCAGACAUCAACAAAAAUCACCAAUUUAAAAAGCAGCGCGCUGUAUCAUUUAGCUGUCAAGGCAUAUAAUACUGCAGGGACAGGCCCAUCCAGCGCAACGGUCAAUGUGACAACCAGAAAGCCACCACCAAGUCAACCCCCCGGAAACAUCAUAUGGAAUUCAUCGGACUCCAAAAUUAUCCUGAAUUGGGAUCAAGUGAAGGCCCUAGAUAAUGAGUCGGAAGUAAAAGGAUACAAAGUCUUGUACAGAUGGAACAGACAAAGCAGCACAUCUGUCAUUGAGACAAAUAAAACAUCAGUGGAGCUUUCUUUGCCUUUUGAUGAAGAUUACAUAAUAGAAAUUAAGCCAUUCAGUGAUGGAGGAGACGGCAGCAGCAGUGAACAAAUUCGAAUUCCAAAGAUAUCAAAUGCCUAUGCAAGAGGAGCUGGACCUUCCACAUCAAAUGCAUGUACCCUGUCAGCCAUCAGCACAAUCAUGAUUUCCCUCACAGCGAGGUCCAGUUUAUGACAAAAGUUAUCUAAAGGACUUGCCGUUUAUAAUAUAAGCAACAUUUAGCUAGUUGUUUUGAAGACACCCAGUACUAAGUAAUAUUGUUGUUCAAGUACAUCUUAUUACUGGAAAAAAAUGUUUUUUGCUUCUUUAGGAAUGGCAUUAUACAGUACUUCCUCAAAGCAAAUCUAGCUUUGUCUGAAGUUUCUUUGGAAACUCUGCAAUGCACUGAAGACAUCUGUAAUAUGAUGUUACCAAAGCAGUUUACAUAU